AGGAAGGAAAUCGAGGAAGACAAACCCAAGCCAACUGAUAUGGAGAUCCUGAACGUAUCAGACAAUAGCGACUGGAAGAUGAUUAAGUACUUUAACAAGGUAUGGUCGAAUUCAAGGAUUCGUCUAAAUUGUUUUUAAAUGCAGGAGGUUGUUUUCAAAGGACUAUUAACUCGUCUGUAAAGAGUGAGUGGCAAUACUCCUUCUCGGUGCAUGCCGUGAAACUUGAAGUGUGGACAAAUCUCGGCAAAAAUGAAGUUCUUGGCCCUUAAGACUAAACUUUACAGGAUAAUUUAAUCUGAAUUUUAAACAUAACGUGGCGUUACUUAUAAUCAUGAACCUCCCUUUCUUUCGGAUGAGUAAGGACAUCAAGGAUAGCCUCAGAAAUCAUUUAGACGUAAAGACUAUUCCUUUUAUUACAGCUGGCCCUACACGUACACGAGGAGACGCGCUCGGCAAUGAAUGGCACAAACUUCUGAGAGACACAUUAAAGGAAAAAAAAAUGACAGAGUAUCGGACUAAACACACCAUAUCGAUACUUGAACUGGGCAUAGAAAUAUUAAAUAGCAAUUUCUAUUUGUACGGAUUCAUGUAUAGUGAAAGUGAAUUGUCCCCGGAAGUUUAUUUCUGGCAAGGAGAAGCUGAUGCAAUCGGCUGGUAUUACAACAAAAAGAGGGGCCAAUAUGAGUACGUAAUUGUUGACUGGAGAGUUAAGCGCGAUCUACUGCAUUUCUGGGUGUCCGACGACACAUUUGGAAUGUACCCACACCAGGGCUUACUGUACGCAAAACUUCUCCAGGUACUCUUGAAGCUCGACUAUCUACCAUCGGUGUUAAUUGCCCCCAUCUCUGACGAAAACGAGUGUGUUGUCCAGCUCGGUCUUUUCUCAGAUUAUCCAGAUGAGUGCAAGAAGUUGAUAAACGAUGACUUCUGCUGGCAUGGCAAUGUACCUGAAUCUCCAUCACAAACGAUCUAUGCGAAAGCACCACUGUUUGAUCAAAUUGUCUGUUUUGAAUCUCCCAUUGGAGCUAAUGUACUUCUUAGAUGUAUAUUUCGAGAAAAUGCAACUGUUGGGGACUUAUUAGAGGCUCUUGGCCCUACCACACGCUCGCUGACACUUAUUCCUGAUCAAAAUUAG